UCCAGUUCUGGAGCUGCCUUUGGGUUUUGUUCCCGUGAUCUGCUCACGUUUUGGAGCCCUUCAGAUCUUGACAGCUCCUGUUGUUCUUAUCUUCCUUUCCUUCUUUCUUCCUGGGGAACGAGGCAACGAUUGCACCCAUGAUGGAUGCUAGCAGUGUGGGUUUGAAGAGCAGUGCAUGCUUAAGCCAAAUAAAACGGGGAGUUCUUGACGCUGAGGAGAGUGGGUUUGCAGUUGGCUCAAGAAUCAUGGCCUGGAAACCGAAGGUGGUGAGGAGCGCCAAGAACUGCUGCUGCUGGGUCGGAGAGUUCAAGGCAGGAGCUGGAGUUUUUGCUAUCACUUCAGCUGUCAACAAGGAGACUGUCAUUCAGGCACCAAGGUUUGGAAAACAUAAGCCGGAUGCCAGGAGUGUUGCAUCCAUCAUUUUGGGUGGAGGGGCUGGAGCUCAGCUUUUUCCUCUCACAAGUACCAGAGCCACACCUGCUGUUCCUGUUGGGGGAUGCUAUAGGCUUAUUGACAUUCCAAUGAGCAAUUGCAUCAACAGUGGCAUAAACAAGAUAUUCAUCAUGACACAAUUUAAUUCAGCUUCCCUAAACCGUCAUAUUUAUCGUACAUUUAACUUUGGCAACGGAAUCAACUUUGGUGAUGGAUUUGUGGAGGUUUUAGCAGCUACUCAAUCACCUGGUGAAUCUGGAAUGAACUGGUUUCAGGGCACAGCAGAUGCUGUGAGACAAUUUACUUGGGUAUUUGAGGACAACAGGAAUAAGAACAUUCAAUACAUACUGAUUCUAUCUGGUGACCAGUUGUACCGUAUGGACUACAUGGACUUUGUGCAGAAACAUGUCGAUACUGGUGCUGAUAUCACCAUAUCUUGUGUGCCUGUUGGUGCCAGCCGAGCAUCUGACUAUGGACUAAUUAAGAUUGAUAAGGCAGGCAAAAUUAUCCAAUUUUCCGAGAAACCCAAAGGUGGUGAUCUGGAAACAAUGAAGGAUGAAAACACCCUCUUCAGAUUGUCUCAUCAAGAUGCUAAAAAGUACCCCUAUAUUGCAUCAAUGGGGGUUUAUGUCUUUAAUCGAAACACUCUUCUGGAGCUUCUAAGGUGGACUUAUCCGAAAGCAAAUGACUUUGGAUCAGACAUUCUUCCUUCUGCUGUGAAGGAUUACAAUGUCCAGGCUUAUAUAUUCAAAGAUUACUGGGAGGAUAUUCAAACAAUCAAAUCAUUCUAUGAUGCAAAUUUGGCACUGACAGAUCAGCCUCCAAAAUUUCAGUUUUAUGAUCCGAGAACACCCAUUUUCACAUCACCUCGAUUUUUACCACCAAAUAAAAUAGAGCAAUGCAGGAUUCGCGAUGCAAUUAUUUCCCAUGGAUGCUUCUUGCAUGAGUGUAGCAUUGAGCAUUCGGUAGUCGGAAUGCGGUCCCGUGUAUAUUAUGGUGCAGAACUCAAGCAUACAUUGAUGAUGGGUGCUGACGACUAUGAAACCGAAGCUGAGAUUGCUUCUCUACUGGCAGAGGGCAAGGUUCCCAUUGGAGUGGGAGAGAACACAAAGAUCAGGAACUGCAUCAUCGACAUGAAUGCCAGAAUAGGAAAGAAUGUGGUCAUUGCUAACAGAGAUGGUGUCCAAGAAGCUGAUAGGCCAAGUGAAGGAUUCUACAUCAGAUCUGGAAUCACAACAAUUCUGAAAAGUGCUACUGUCAAAGAUGGAACUGUCAUAUGAACUGAUGUUUCUCCAUCUGUUUUUAUGAUGCAUUUGGGAGGCCAUUGACAAUAGAUGUUGUUAGUAUUUUCUCGGAGGAAGACUUGGACUGAUGGUUGUGCUUCUGCAGCAAAACACUUGCGUACAAGUUAUGAAU